AAUAAUAUCUUUUGCGACCUCUGCUGGUGCGUAUAUGACGCUACACCGAAGAAGCUCGCGUGGUUUCCCGCCGAAUCGUUUUUUUGUUUUGACACUGUGUUUCCUUGCCAAGCUCGGAGUCGAUACGUCACGAAGAGAUACCACAGAGCUUGUUGAUGUAAAGUGGAUGCGGGCCACUACGUUGUCUUUGUUUGGUUUAAGCGCCGUAGUUUCAAUAUUGACUUUGAGGAUGCGGUUCGGGCGGUAGUUGGAUGCUCGCCUGCAGCUGUAAGCAGACACCGUGGAUCCUGUUUCCUCCUCAGGUGCGGAGGUUUUGUGGAGGACUUGAAGGGCUAAACGAUGGUGGCGAAGAUGGCGAUCUACGGAGCAGCUCACCACCAGGAAGACGGAGAUGAAGAAAUCCCAGCGCAGGAGAAUAAAGUUCAGGUGACUGAAAGUGACGGCAACAGUUCAGCAGAGGGCACGGGGUCGUCCACUGAAGAAAGUUCUGGAGAAGAGGAGGAAGAAGAUCACGAAAAGAAAGAAGAAUCAGAGGGAAAUGAAGGUGGUGAAAGCUCCAAAACAGAAUCUGAACUCGAGGCAACACAAGAGGAGAAAGGUUCCACGUCCAUGGUGAAUGUGAAGCCGCGUGAACAUCGAGCAUCUUGGUCCUGUGAAAAAUGCAAAACUGUGCAGCAGAGUCAUGGCAGUGAAGUGGUUGUUCCUCGCAUGCUGUCUAAGGGACGUUUACAAGUGCGACUGGAAGGCGAGGGAACAUUUGAAUGUUCUGUCACGGGCCUGGUGUUUGAGGCGUCCGAGGCGGUUCUUGUGCGAUACUCCAUCUUGUCCUGGUCCAAGUUUGGCUCCUUCCUGCCAGAAUCAUGGAGGUUUGCUGGUCCAAUCUUCAACGUGGACACAGUUGACAAAGACCCGUCCGUCCUCAAGUUCAUCCAGUUUCCUCACUCCGUCUGUCUGGCAGACCAAGACAAUGAGCGGACCUUCAGUGUCCUGCACAUGAAGAACCACUGCCCACUGAUCGAGCCCACCAUUGACCACUCAGGAAGCCAUGUGAAGUGGCAUGUGUCCUCCCUCUCCCCAGUGGGUCCCAUCAUCCAAACCAAACACUGUAUCGAGCACCAUGGUGUGGUUCUGCUCUACAAGCAGCUCAGCAGCGACAACAACGUGCACAGCUUCCACGUGUAUCUGUCCACCAACAGCAGGUCGGACAUCAAGGACGUCAGUAAUCAGGUCAGAAGCUACAACAACCGAUAUUUCCGGAUCGAGAAGCCGCCCACAUGUAAGCUGGAGGAAGGGACGUAUCGUCUGGUGAGCGAGCCGGACGGAGAGAUCAAGCCUCAGGAGCUGAAGUUCACGCUGGCCGUGACCAAGAUGAAAGGAUAUUUUGAAGCCUUCUUCGAGCAGCCGCCUCCAUUUAAACUGUCUCUGAUAGAAACCAACACCGAGGAGACGGUGUGGUCAGCGACCAUCAGAGAAGGAGACUGUGUGGAUAACUUGGAAAAGAAACCAAGGAAGAGAACAGCUGACUGUCGACAGAGAAGCAGCAGCCGGUCGGAGGAGGAGGAAAUGAUCAUCAAAAGGCCUCGGUGGCAGGAUGAGCAUGACGGAGUCAAGCGGUCGGCGGCAGCCAACGGCAGCGCAGACCUGUCGGAGAAGCAGCUGCUGCAGCUGAGCCGGCGACUGGGCAGCGAGUGGAAGCAGGUGGCCAUCUUUCUGGACCUGAACACCAGGGACCUGGACCACAUCCAGGCCGGAGAGAAGGACGUGAACAUGCAGAAGCUGAAGAUGCUGGUGGAGUGGAAGAAGAGGCAGGAGCCGGGGAAGGCCACGGCGCACCACCUGCGGAGGAGCCUGCAGGACCUGGACGACCUGCCGUCUGAGGUCCACUACCUCCUGCGAGAUCUGAUGGAGAACCAAGCAGCUCAGUGAAGAGACGUGACCAAGGAACUAUCUCAGGAAGCCAGAGUUGGUCUCAGGACUGCGCAGGACUUUAAUGCCUCUUGGUCUUUUCCCGACGGUCGUCAUGUGUUGCUGCUCCGUUUGGGAUGGAAGCAAACCUGUCGGGAGCAUCAGGAGCUGCCACUGGAUUCAUCGACACUGAUGUGGUGCUGCUUGUGGGGUUUCCACUCGUCCAAAAGCUGAGCUCAUGAAAUGUCGUCUUCAGUGUGAUGUCGGUGCCACUUUGAUUCAAAACAACGGGCAGCCUUGAAAUGGUCCUGUUUUGAAGAAGCCAAAGUCAAAUAGCAGCUGUGGAACUUGACCCAUUGGACCGGACCUUCUGCGUGAAAGUGCAGGUGAUGCUGGAGUCGGGAGGUUCCAGGGUAGCACCUGGUUCAUGCACUGUGGAACAGGAGGGUUUCCUGAAUCUGUGACGGAGAAAGACUGAAACGGAUCUGCUGGCUGAAAUGGAAAUCGUUGGAAAACAGAGCUGGAGUUUUACCAAAGUUCAACCACAGACGCUGACAGGUUUGCAGAAGAGGCUGAGGCUCAAGGAUGAGGUUUCAUGAAAGACUGUCCUGGCUUUCAGAGGCCACCAGAUACUGUCACACACAGCGCUGUCUGCUGUAAAAUGCUUGGACUUGAACAAGUAAUUCAGUGAAACCUCCCAUCAUUUGAGCGCCAUCUAGUGGCCUCUGAAAAUGAUCACAGAGUUUCAUCGACCCUGCCAUACUGUUUCAUGACACCUCACCUACCCAUCAACACUUCCAAGGGACCAGAGCUCUGACAUGUAGAAUCAUUCUUGACAAACACACACUAUGGCUGAUGGCUGGAGAUGUUUUUUGGCCAAUAUGUCUUUUUUUUAAAUUCAGAAUAGAGUUUACAGUGUUUUUAUUUUGGUCCAACAUUUGAGUUGUUGAUGGCCUUUUUGUCUUUUGUACUUUUCUAUGCCACUAUGGAUGUGAAAAGGGUUUUAAAUGGACUUCAUGAUGGUCUUUCUGAGCGUCGGCUUGUUCCAACCGACACAGGCCCUGUAUUUCACUUUUCAAAAUAAAAGAC